AUUGGAAAACGAUCUUGAGAUGAUGACCGAGAAAAAGAAACAGCUGCAGACCAAACUGGACGAAUACGAGUCCAAAUCUCGACUAGAACGGGAUGUACUUGCGUCCAAAUUGGAUGAAACAAACCAAAAGUUUGCAGAGCAAGAGGAGCGAUGUAUUCAAAUGCGAAUUCUUUUAGAAGACUCUGAGCGUAUCAAGGAAGAAAUGCAAGCGAGUUUUGAUGCUUCAUUAAAGAUGCUUCAAGUGCGAGGAUCGCUUAAUGAAGCCGAAACAAAAAAGAUCGGCGAGCUAAAUGCAGAGCUGUUUGGACAUGCAAAUAACCUACAAAAGAUCAAGCACUUAUCACAGAUUAAAGAAGAGAAUAUAAAGCUGAAGACUCGGAGUGCAAAGGCGGAGCAAGAUCGAGAUCGACUCAAGGAACGUGUGAUAUCGCUUGAAAGGGAGUUGGAUGCGCUACGACCUUUGGGAGGAAUAGCGAAGCGAAUAACUGUGAGUAAAAACAAGACCUUUGGCGGACCCAAGUUCAAUACGAGCCAUUAUCAUGCAAGCGGAUCCAACGCAACAAUACCGCGCACGGGAGGAAUGGUAGGCGCUGACACGGAAGAAACCAAACAUGACGAGAGUGUGACAGACACGACAGCAGACGAUACGUUUAUGAGUGACAAGGCAAGCCGAGGAACAGGCGGAGUGUCGUUUUUUAUAUCUUGAGUUUUUUGGAAAUAAAGUUUGGAUUGACAGCAACC